AUGGAGGAAUAUGACCCUGACCGCCGCUACGACGCCACCGGCGACCGCCUGGAAAUGCUCCGCAUCCGCCGGGUGGAGCUCGCCGAGCUGGCGGCGACGACGCGCCGGCGCCACGGCGGCACCACCCCCGAGCGGGUCCCCCCACCACCACUCAUCGAAACCCUGUUUGCCCUGGAUAUCGACGACACCGAUCUCGAUGCCCUCCGCGAGGGGCUCAAUUUUGCCCUCGAGGACGGCAACUGGUUCCCCAGCCGUGAGCCAGAUGAGCGCCGCCCCCUGGAUGCGCCGCUGGCGGGCGCCGAAACUUUGGGCAGCGACGACGGUGGCGACUAUACUGAUUCCAUCCCGCUAGCGUCACUCGACCCUAAGCGGCCCCAGCGCCCUACCUUGACCAUCAAUACUGAUUUCGAAGCGGCAUUACCCCGGAUCCACAUCGACGACUCCCUGUUCUUAGCAGUGCCGCUGUCGCACAACCCCCCAGCGCUGGCGCUGGUGUUGGACCCUGGGCGGCUGAGUCCCCACUCCCCAAGCAAAGAGCACCCGCCGCUGCUGCCUCUGGCGGCGCCUGCCAAGUUCCUGGAGUUCUUCUCCCGUAUAUCCGAUCGUAUUGCUGGUGAAGCCGAUGCCGAAGACGACGACAGUGGCGCCUCAUCUCAUAGUAACGCCAGCGUGGCGCUGCCGCUGCGCCCGGCGACGCCGCUGUCAUUGAAGUUCCACAACGUCCUGAUAGACCCAGCCAAGACUCCACAAGUCGACCAGCCUCAGCUGCCGUCAGACUACUUCUCUGGGGUCAGAUUCGCCACCAGCCGCGACCAGGAAGAGGCGCAGUUGCUUCCUCGGCUGCUGGCGACGUCGCUGCCAAAGAAGCCUGCCAAACAGUUCACCAGCGACGGCCAGCUUUUGCUCUUUGGUAAGUCGUUAGGGAUUUUCCCGCCGUCACUGAAGUUUAGACAGUUUUGCCAUAACGUGGUGCUGAUCUCCUACUUUAAUAACGUGAUGUUUGUGUUAUUAUUGCUUCAAGUGGGGCUCCUCAGUUACCGCCAGUGGAACCCGAUUGCGCUCCACGGGUACUACUAUGCCGGUUAUAAUUGGGCCGACUACGUGUUGAUUGUGAUUAACAUCGCCUAUACGGUGGAGAUUGCCCUUAAAAUUGUCGCCUAUGGUCUCUAUAAUGACCGGUGUAUGUACCGCGAAUUAGGUCUCCCCUACCCUCAGAAUGUCGUCAAACUGAUGUUCUUCCAGAGGAAAUACGUCAUCAACAUCUUGGACGCAUUUGGCCUCUCGAAAUUGGUCGAUUUGUUGUGGAACCGUGACCAGUCACGCCUCAAAAAGCCCCACCACAACCACCACGAAACUCAUACGGUUCACGGCCAUCCCACCCUUCAAAAGGCUCCCAAAUUGAAAGUGCUGUCUUCAAAUAAUCGUGGCUGGCGCCUGGUGUGGAAGGAACCGGCUCACAUCGAUCCUACUGAUGAAAACGAUUAUUCUGACUCUGAUAGUGUCGAGUCCAAUUUCGGGUUAACCCCCUUCGAAUCACCAACUCUGCAGCUGCUGCUUGUCGGUACUCUGGGCCACCUUGCGCCGCCACCGCCAUUGGACCACACAAACACGUUCUUCGUGCAAAGACAACACUUCCAUAAACUCAACUUGAAGCGGGCGUUUUUGCGUGGUUCGUGGCACCGGAUCGAUUUUGUGCUGAUGGUGACGUUCUGGAUCCUGUUGCUUUUGCUGAUUAACCAUUAUGACGCCAACCACCAUAUCUUUCUCUUCCGGGCCCUUCUGUGUUUGCGGAUCCUCCGCUUCUGUAACUUGACCACCGGUACGCUGACGGUGCUUACGCUGAUUAAGCUUGCGAUGCCACAGUUGAUUGAUGUUGGGGUGUUUAUCUCGUUUUUCUGGUUGUUUUUCUCCAUUGUCGGGGUCUCCAGUUUCAAGCUGAGUCUCACCCGCCAUUGCGUGUGGACCAACCCCGACGACCCCAGUGACACUUGGGUUAACAGUGAUCAGUGCUGCGGCUCGUGGCUUGCUCCCAAUGGUACGCUGAUGCCCUAUAUCCAGCGUGACGGUCUGAUGAGUGAACAGCGUAAGGGGUUCAAGUGUCCGAUAAACUCUCAGUGCAUCUCGGGAGAUAAUCCAUUCAACGGUACGCUCAACUUCGACAAUGUUCUUCAGCUGGCGGAGAUUGUGUUUGUGGUGGUGUCGGCUAAUACGUUUACGGAUAUCAUGUACGACACCAUGGACCUGGACUCGAUGGUCGCCAGCUUGUUCUACAUCCUGUGUAUUUUCAUCUGUACCGUGUGGUUGAUUAACGUGUUCAUUGCCGUGAUUGUUGCCAGUUUCAACAUAACGCGGACCGAGGAAAGCAAACGUCGUCAGGAGGAGGAGAAACUGGUGUGGAGACAAUGGAUGCUGGCCGCCGAGCACUCGAUGAAAGUGGGGAAGUUGAAAAAACGUAACUGGCGACUUAGACUCUACUACAACAUGGAAUUCUUGUUUAUCAUACUCAUCUUUGUCGACUUAAUCGUCCAGUGUCUUAGAACUGCCUACUCCAGUGAAACGACGUUGAACUUGAUCAAUAACUUUGAGCUUGUGGUGACGCUGAUUCUCUUUUUCGAGAUUAUACUCCGCUUGGUGUUGUAUUUACCCGACUGGCGCGGGUUCGUGUCUCUGCGACGCAAUAUGACGGACUUGGCACUUGCCAUUGUGACGAUGGUCAUCGCGAUCCCCCCCGUCCGUAAAGGGCUUGGCCAGGUAUACUUUUGGCUUACAGUGUUCCAGAUUUUGAGAAUCUACCGGGUGGUGUUGCUGACGAAAGUUACCCGGUCGCUCUGGCUCCGGCUCUUCAGUAACAUCAAGCAAUUGUUCGACUUGGCGUUGUUCUUCUUCAUUAUCACUUACCUCGUCGCCAUCAUCUGCGCCCGCUACUUUGAAGGCCAGAUUGGCCCCGACGACAUGGACUUAACGGAAAAUGCCUUCCCCAUGCACACGCUCCCCAAUGCGUUUGUGGCGUUGUACAUCAUCACCCUGACGGAAAACUGGACGAAAAUCAUGUACGAACUCCAGGCAGCCGCCGUCACUACCCUGCAACGGGUAUUCGGGCUGAUGCUCUUGGUGUUCUGGUUUAUUUUCUCCAACUUCAUUGUUCUCAACAUUUUCAUUGCUGUCAUUUCCAAGACGUUGGAAGUGUCUGAGGAGGGGAAACGUCGCAACCAAUUAUUGCAGUUUAUUGACAACAUCACCCACAAGUUGCUGACGAUGAACAUCGUGCUGACGUCCAAAUUGCAACAGUGGAAGCUGAGAGUGUUUGACGGCAAGUUCCGCCCUCAAAAUAAACUGACGGAACAGGCAGUGAUCAACUUAUUGUUGCUGGGGCUGGCCAUUAAUGAUUUCAUCGAUGAAACUGAGGUGGACUCCGAAGAACAAGAGAUCCGCGAAGGUAGUCGCAACUGGAGACUGAGGUUCCUGAAGUGGUGGCGCCGCCGCUACGGGUGGGCCAAGCGGAAAGUGGAUAACCCAUUUUUCGAACUGGCCCAUUUAAAGUCGAAACAUAACGCCUUGGUGGAAGAGUUCAACCCGCUGCAAUUCGCUCAUAAAAUCUUACAGGAACGGAACGCGUUGGUGCUGAAACAGAAUAAGUUUUUGAUGGAAAACCCGCGGUUCAAUAACGUGUUCUACGUGAUUGCGCCGCGUCACCCGUUGCGUCGAUUCUGUCAGCGGUUAGUGAAGCCCAGUUAUGGGACCCGUGUCAACGGGGUCGAACCCUAUAAGUACGUAUCGGAAGCGUUGACGGUUUUCGCCUUUCUCGCUACCAUCGCCUUAGUGGUGACGACGCUGUACAUGACUCCCUUGUACCGUAAGCAGGAGUUUGAGAAGACCGGCACCCAAUACAACUGGACGUUCUGGAUUGAAGUGGCGUUUGUGGUGUGUUUCUCGUUAGAGUUUUUGAUAAAAGUGAUUGCUGAUGGGUUCUUCUUCACUCCUAACGCCUAUUGCCGGCUGCCGUGGAAUAUCAUUGAUCUUAUCGUGCUCAUCUCGAUUUGGAUUGAACUUAUUGCUCUGUUGAAAUCGGCAGGAAACGUUGUCCGAGUGGUACGUGGUCUUAAGGCUUUGCGAACGUUCAGAUUGUUAACCGUACUGGAGACGGCCACCCACAUCUUCCACAACACGUUGUUGACGGGUUUCACCAAGAUCAUCGAAGCCAUGUUCAUUUCGUUUUGUUUGUUGUACCCGUACUCGAUCUGGGGGCUCAAUAUCUUUAAUGACCGUUUGGGAUACUGUCUCGAUGGGCAACUGACCCGCGACGAGUGUAUGAACGAGUACUCCAACCUGGUGUUCAACUGGGAUAUCCAACUGCCGAACGCAUACGUCAAUCCCGAGCUUAAGUUUAAUCGAUUCAGUGACUCGUUGGUGUCUCUUUUCGAGAUUAUCUCGUUGGAAGGGUGGACAGACUUGCUUACCAACGUGAUGUCGCUGACAGGUAGAGGUACCCCGCCACAGCCGUUCGCGCUGCCGUGGAACGGGAUCUUCGUCAUGUCGUUCAACUUCAUCCUGACGGUAUUUAUUCUCACGUUGUUUAUCUCGGUUAUUAUUCUGAACUACUCUAAAGUGACGGGGAGAGCCUACAUGACGGUCGACCAGAUCUCGUGGUACCAAGUGGUGAAGAUUUUGAAACAAGUGAGACCGCUGAAGCGGCAAAGAAACCCUGAGAAGUUGGGUCCCAUCCGUCGCUUUUGUUACCGACUCACAGUGGAAAAGGAACUGGUAUACUGGACUCACUUUUUGAAUCUCAUUUUGUUUUUGCAUGUCCUCUGCCUUCUCCUCGAACACUUCCCCUCCGAUACUUUUUCAGCGAUAAAUGACUUCAGGCUGGCGAUGUUUAUGAUCUCGCUGUCGUGCUUCUUGGUCAACUCAUACAUGUCGUUGAUUGCCAAAGGGUUCAAGAACUUCUUCCAAAACAAGUGGAACCCGUUCUUCCAUUUCAUAUCGUUGGGGGCGUUCGUCACUACGUUAGUGGGUCUUAUCUACAACAGAGCUCACUCUACCGUUUUCUACAACAUCAACGAGUUGUUCUUGGUAGCGAUGCUCUUGUACAUCAUCCCCAAGCUGAACCGGUUGUCGCAGUUGCUUCGAUUCGCCUCGGCUUCGCUUCCCGCCAUUCUUUCGUUGGCGUUCACUUGGGGGGUGUUGUUCCUCGUGUUUGCCAUUGCCAUGUGUCAGAUCUUUGGCCUCACCAAGAUUGGACCCAACGGUAAUGAUUACCGUAACUUGCGGCUGGUACCGAAAGCGCUUAUCCUCUUGUUCCGGAUGUCGUUUGGUGAAGGGUGGAACUAUAUCAUGAACGACUACAUGCUCGAAGAACCGUUCUGUACCCGGGGUCACGACAUGGAUGACCUGGACUGCGGCAACAAACCGUACGCCUACAUCUUGUUCAUCGCGUGGAACUUGCUUCUGAUGUAUAUUUUCCUCAAUAUGUUCGUGUCGCUUAUCUUAGACUCGUUCUCAUAUGUCAGUCGCAAACUGGGCUACAGUCACUUGAUUGAGAGACAAGAGAUCCGUAAGUUUAAGCGUGCAUGGCAACAGUUUGAUCCUGAGGGUACGGGCUACAUUCUGCCCCAUGAUUUGGUUCCUUUCAUUCAUGAACUUAAUGCGCUGGGAUCAUCUCUCAGUUUCGACAGUUUCUUCUACCGAGGCGACUUGAACUUGCGGCGACUCACCAAUCGCUGGAUUCGACGCAACAAUCCGAUUGAUCCUUACGAUAUUCUGAUUGACCGUCAGCGUUUGGACGACGUGUUUGCCAAGAUCGAUUGGGACAAAGUGAAAGACCGCCGCCACCAAAUGGAGCUUUUCAUCGAAGAGGCAUUGAUGCGGAUGAAGUUGAAUAACGAAGAAGGGAUCAGUUUCACUGGGUUCUUACUCCAAGUGCCGCUUUACACCGCGUUUGAAGCCGGCAGAUGUCUUGAUUUGACCGAUUUCCUCGAGCGGCGUCUUUUGCUCCAAAAGGUGGAGAAGUCACUCAAGGUGAAGCGAGUAUACGAAUUGGUAUCAGCUUUCGCCUUACGUUGGGUGAUGAAGAAGGAUAUGGCUAAAGGAGAUAAGCCUGAGGCUGUUGAUGAAGCGGCUAAGUUGAAGAAAAUGGACCGCAAUAGCCACCAACAGUCACCGCAAACCAGUCCUAAGUUUAACAAUCCGUUCAAGGAUAUUGAUGACAUGAUUGCUCAACCAGUAUUUGAUACACUGGGAUUAAGCAGUCCCUUCCACGGAUCCUACGAGCCGGCGGAACCGUUGGAUACUUUCCAUCAUGACGAUACAAAAGAUGAAGACGACAGCUCGUUUGUCUACCAAGAAGAGGAGAUUAGAGUGAGAGCACCGCUGAUGCCGUACCCUCCCUUCGGCUUUGUCCGAGAAGUAGCAGAUACGGAGCUGUUGGAUAACGUUGAGAUCACGGGGUUGGGUAUUUCUCAGCAAUCAACAAACCCGCCACGGAGGCGACCUCCUCCCGGUGACUUUUAG